CAGAAAGGAGGGCCGUUGGCCUGGGCCUGCGGUACGCCGCCUCAGUGAGGGGUUUGUCCGCGGCCACCCGGUUCGCUGCUUUUCUGGGCGCCAUUUCCCCGCUGGCCGGACACGACGCGCCAGUAGCGCAGCACCAAUUCCCCUCGGGCUCUUGGGCGCUGCUCUGAGCAGCGUCACCCUUUACACCAGAAAGCUGGCGGGCACUAUGGGGAAAAAACAAAACAAGAAGAAAGUGGAGGAGGUGCUAGAGGAAGAGGAAGAGGAAUAUGUGGUGGAAAAAGUUCUCGACCGUCGAGUGGUAAAGGGCAAAGUGGAGUACCUCCUGAAGUGGAAGGGUUUCUCAGAUGAGGACAACACAUGGGAGCCAGAAGAGAACCUGGAUUGCCCUGAUCUCAUUGCUGAGUUCCUGCAGUCACAGAAAACAGCACAUGAGACAGAUAAGUCAGAGGGAGGCAAGCGCAAAGCUGACUCUGAUUCUGAAGAUAAAGGAGAGGAGAGUAAACCAAAGAAGAAGAAAGAAGAGUCAGAAAAGCCACGAGGCUUUGCCCGGGGUUUGGAGCCGGAGCGGAUUAUUGGAGCUACAGACUCCAGUGGAGAACUCAUGUUCCUGAUGAAAUGGAAAAACUCUGAUGAGGCUGAUCUGGUCCCUGCCAAGGAAGCCAAUGUCAAGUGCCCACAGGUUGUCAUAUCCUUCUAUGAGGAAAGGCUGACGUGGCAUUCCUAUCCCUCAGAGGAUGAUGACAAAAAAGAUGACAAGAAUUAACUCAACUGAGUACCAGCCCCUGUCACUUCUGACUGUGGGUUUAAAGUGGGGGAGGGGAAGGAGUUCUACUUGUCUUGACACCAUAGAGGUGGCUUGAGAAGAUGUCCUUUGAAGAGCCAGUAUAGUUUCUGUGCCCUGCAGCAGCCCAAGUGCUUUUAAAGCCGUUAGGUGCUGUUUAGUUUGCACACCCAUCCCAGUGGAGGGGAAGAGGGGAUAAGUGUUUCAAGGCAACCCAUUCUGCACUUUGCUGAGGAAAGCAAAGGGCCUUCUAUGAAGGACAGAACUUGCAGAGUGGCGUGUGGGAGAGCAAAAAGAUACUGUAGAUCUUCAAAGAGCAUCUCCACAACCCACAGCCUUCUUCCCAAUAGUGUUAACUCUGCAUUUUUACAGCGUAGCAUGUGUGUAGUUUUGGCUGUUACUGGUGUAUUAUUUGGGGUGGGGGUGGGGAGGAAGAAG